AUGACCUCAAAAUCCUUGAAUGGUUCUUUCCCUCUCUCCUCCGCGAUAUUCUGGUACGUCCUCGCCGGCUCUUUUCACGAGCUCGCGCACGUUGGUUCGAUGAUGAUGUCGAUGAUGAUGAACAAAGAUGGCGCUUUUUUCUCGUUUCCAAAUUCAGUUAAAGCGCUGAAAUCAUUUUCAUCGUUGGCGUUGAAGAGUGCACUCGGGAGAAGCGCGGACCUGCGCCAGCUCUUUCCGAACGAUGAGAAAGACGACGACGGCUUCCUUCUCUUCUUCGAGCGUUCGGUGGCGAUUUCUCGCGCAGUCGCGGUGUUUGCGAGCGCGAUUUUGUUCCUGUGGUCUCUCGUUGCAUUGAGGGAAAAACAGAACACCAACGAGAACAGGAGGGCGAAAACGUUCGCGUUCGCGGCGACGCUGUUCGACGCGAUUUGUUCAGACGUUUUGUUUUCUCACGUGGGCAGUUUUAGAGAGAUUAGAAAAAUGUCCUCCUCUUAUUCUUCUUCGGUCGUGUACUGCGGGAACUUUGGGAUUGUUCUGUUAAACGCGGCGUGGUGCUCGCAAAACGGCGAGCGAGCGUACGAUUUGCUCGAGAAGAUGGUCAACGUGACGAUGAUGAGAGGCGCGCAAUCGGGAGGGAUCGUGACGUUUGAAGAAGAGAAAGGAGAAGGGAACAUGCGAGGGGUUAGAAGUCGAGUGGUGAACAUGAAGAGAACAGAUUUGAGCAAGCUUUUGCGUUCGAAGACGGAACGGGAGAGUAAAGGGAAGAUGAAGCUGGCGGAGAAGAAAGCGCAGACGCGUAUUUUUUGCGGGCACACGCGGUUCGCGACGACGAGUAAAGCGACGUUUGAUGGAACGCAUCCGCAUCAGUGGAGUCCAAAACAAGAUUUGUUAGUGUACGGUUUGAAACAGACGAAGUCGGGAUCGACGCGCGUAUCGGUUGAGAAUUUCAUCACGCAUAACGGAGACUUCGAUGCGUUUCAAGUGAACCGCAAGUGGAACGAUCAAGGAAGCAUGAAUUUGUGGUUAGAAUCGGUUUUGAAAUUUAAACCGCCGUCGGUUGUUGACUCUGCUUCAAUCGCUGGUGUGGUCGAUUUAAUCAGAGCGCAAGGAUGUUUCGCGUUAGCGGCGAGAUUUAGCGCUUGUUUUAUGCUGAAAACCAGCGAUGUCUUCCCUGACGCGCCGAUGCCGACGUUGGCGCAGUUUGAAGACAUCGGUAAGCAUUUUGAGAAAGUUUUAGACGAAACACUCAUAGCAAGUAACGGUCAAAGCACCGUCCAAGAGAUUGGAUUUAGUCUAGCGAUGCGCGAAAAGCUCACGAAGGAAAUCAUCGAGGAGUUUGAAAAAGGCAUGAACAAAGACGCGCUGAAAUGUUUGGAUAAUUAUCUCGACGAAGAAAUGGGUGCACCGAGUCGAGAGUUUGUGCGAUUUACCGUGAACGCGUUCUUCGAUAACGAUUCUUUGUUCACGAUGAAAUACUUUUUGACGCACGCAAAAGGGAGUUUUGGAUUAAUGGUCACGUGUUCGUUGGACGCGCACAGGCAGUUGUGCGUCGCGGCGAGAGGGCAAACAAUAAGCGUCGCCUUUUAUCCAAAGAAAGGUUUAAUUUGUUACGGAAGUGAACAAGCUGCGGUGAAAGCUGGGUUGUCCGUGGAAACGCCCAACGGAGAUAUUUUAGCCAGCGUACACGGCGGAGAAUACGGCGACGAUAACGCCGCCAUUCGUCUCGAUUUGGACGAUUUGAACGGAGAAAUUUGUUUACUCGAUUGGGGAGCAGAUCGCAUUCCAGCCGUGUCCUAUCCCAACUCUCACUUGGAGCAGUAUCCUUUGAUGGGUGGCUCAGUCAACGCAAUAUUAGCCAAGGAAGGCGAGAUGAGAGUUGAAGAGCCCAUGACCGCGUUGAGGAAACAAAAGAGCACGGAAAAUAUCGCGCCGUCGUCGCCGAGGCGCGGUAAGGGAGUAUCGGUCGAUAAAAAGCUCUUCCAUCGCAUGACGCGUUUAGAAGGCAACGAACUCAUUAAAAUGUUACCGAAAGAAAGUGACGAUCCUGUUUUGACGGAUAUUGCAGACAUCCCGAGGAUUUUGAAAAACAUUCAAGACGAUUGGAGGAACAAACCUCAAGGAUCGAUGUCGCUCAAUCGAUUGACGGCUUGGAAUUUAGCGAGGUGUUUGAAAAAACGUCUCGCGAGACGCGUGAACAGAACGAUCAAGUCAGAAGGCUCUAUCGACGUCGUGGUAACGGGUUGUGAGGUCUCUCUCUGGUUGGCCGAGCAGUUUGCGUCUGAUUUACAAACCGCGUUUCCGCGUUUGCGCGUCAAAGCUAUUUCUUCGAACAAAAUUCUUGGUUUAUGGGGUCAGGAUUUACCGGUCCCGUCGGUUGGUUUUACAAACUCCAAGAAAACGGACGAUUUUACGGACGCCAUCGUCAUCAUCGUCUCACACUCGGGAGGCACGUUUGCGCCGCUGGCGACUUCAAAUCUUUUAGUGAGUUCCACAAACUCUAUUUUCGUCGUCGCCAGCGAAUGGGACACGCAAAUUGGGAAACAACUUCGAGCGAUGAAAUCCGAAGGGGAGUUUGACAGCAGGAUAUUCACCACGGACGUCGGCGUUCGUCCGGCGGAGCCGUGCUCCAUUUCAGUAGCCGCGACGCAACAGCUACUGACGCAAAUUUUCUUGCACAUGUCCUUAGUCAUCCUUGAUAACGCAGAUUUUCGUAAAUAUACCAACGCGUAUGUGACCAAACACGAUUUAUCAGAACUCGAGAAGUGUAACCAGAUGAACAUCGCCGCGUUGGAGGAGAUUGUUGGCUAUUCCGCGUCGCCGAAGAAGGAAAAACUGAAAUCGGCAAAGGAAGACGAGUUGAGAAAACAAGGCGACGAUUGGGCCGACCACGUGUUGGAAGGCGUGAAAGGUUGGAUAAUGAGUUUUGUCUACAUCGUAGGGACGGUGACGGCGGGAUAUCCGCUCAUCACCGGCGUCGCCGUUUUGUGCGGGCUCGCGACGACGUGGGCGUUCUACAUCACUCGGUUCUUCGACGCGCUGAUUUAUGCGUUCUUGCCGCAAAUAUCCAUAACCAUCAUACGAUUGAUACAGGGGAGAAAUCUCUUGCAUCGAAUGACGGCGCGAACGAUCGUCAUCGGCGACAUCCCCUGGGUGAGUCAGUGCGCGGAUGCGUUCUUAUCGAAAAUUUUCGCGUGCUCCUACUCUGCUGCAGGCAUUACGGUUUUAAGCGGGAACACAAACGACCAUCUCGUCCACAGACACACGCACAGAGUCGUGCGCGGUGCUUUAUUAAUCGUCGGUCGACCGGACGGUCGACUCUCCGGGCUCACGAGCGCCGAAGCGACGACGUCCUUAUCGCUAUCGCAAGCGUCGAGCAUUCAAAGCAUCGGCGGUACGUGCGAAUCAAUCACCAUCGGCCAUUCUCCGUACAAGCUCCCGCUAUCGAAAAACGCCAUCUUCUUGAGUAGGCACCGCCCAAAAUAUUUGUGCGAGAAAUACUACGAAGAGCGAACGGAGAACAAUCUGGACGGCAAGAGCGCCGGUGCUUUGCUAGGAAUUUACUCGUCCUACCACGAAGAGCACACGGAAUUGAGCGUGCACAAACUCAACAACAGAAACGCCGUUGCGCUCCUCACGAACGCGUGCAAAUACGCGGAGGAACAACGCGCGCACAUUUUGACAGUCUUCAAAGAACUCGACACUAACCAAGAUGGACGACUUAGCUUGAGCGAAUUCACUUCGGCGUACAAAAAGUUGGACACACUCGCCGCCGCCGCUGGCGAAGAGCACAUCGCGUUGACCGACGCUCAAAUCGCGAAACUGUUCCGAUCGGGCGACAGGGAUACGAACGGCACGUUGGACUUUGAUGAAUUCUCGGAAAUCAUAAACUUACCAGAAAUCUUGAUGCUGAAAAUCCUCGAAGCGGACCCUCGCAACGCCGAAGGUUUGCUCAUGGUUGAGCCUUCGCACGAAGAAUAUUUCGGGCAAGUGUUGCGAAAAUCCGCACCUCCGCAAAUCAAACCUUACACGCUCAUGGAAUCGCAAGAAUUUAGCAUGAAGCUCUACGAAGCGAGAAUCGCAUCUCUGCAACGUUUCGUCGCCAUGACGGUUUUAUUCCACCAGACCGGCACGAGAGUCCAAAGGUUUUGGAGAAAAGUUUCCUUCGGCUACCUCGGCUACCGCACAGACCGAACGCACUCGAUCAUGCGCAUCGCCACCACCGCCUCUCCAGUAUCCGGCGCAGAGGUUCGAGACCGACGACACUUCAUCGCGCUCGUCACCGCGUUCAACUCCGCGGUGUCUACCAUCCGCAGAGUGCACUACGAGUUCGUCGAAGGCGUCAAUUUGAAUCGCAAGCGCGUGUUAAGAAGAAAUAACGAUUUUAGCAACAGUACUCACAACAGCGCAGGCGAAAGUGAAGGCGAGGACCUGAGUUACAGAGGCCGCGGCGGUAAGUCCGCCUUCCAAGAGCUCUUGUUGAGACGCGCCGGUAGCGUUUAA